GGAUCUCGGUCAGGCCUCGGUGGGGCGGGGGAGAAACUAGGGAACUCAAGAUAAAGGGUCCGCCUGUAACCGGAAGAGUGGAUGAGAGGCGAGGAGAAGGAUGCGAGGGAGGGCAGGGAGAAAGGAGGGCUUUCUGGAAGUUUAUCCUCGCCUCCCCAGCUAGGCGGAGAGAGGACUUGGUUCAGUAGACAAAAAGAUGAGAGGAGAAAGAGAGAAAAUAGGGAAGAUAAAGACAGGAUAAAAUUAGUGAAAAUGGAAAACAAAAACAAAAAUCACAGUAAGGCAGGGACAGAUUAAAAAAGGGGUGGGGGGAGACAUGAAAAGACAUAAGGAGAUUAUCAUAGGACAGGACAAAUAAGAUGGAUGCAAACAUUUCGACUUGAGAAACGUAGAAAAAGUUGGAGAUGGAAAAUAGAGAAGAGGGAGAUAGAUAGAUGACAGAUAGAUAGAUAUGGGAGAAUUAAGGAGAAGCCCAGAAUGCUCUUUUUCCAACACACGUAGUAUGAUGAUAUCUUUACCUUUUCACCCCAUUCUCAUCCCCUAUGUGUCCUUCUCUGAGACCACCAAUCAAGCUCUCACUCCAAUGUUUCUCCCCUCUCCGCCCCUGCCCCAGUCCUAGACCCUCAGGACUGGAAAGGCCUUGCACCUGUUAUUAGCGGGUAGCUUUGGGCCUGGUCUCUGCUGCACUCGCGCGGCCCUUAUGGGUACUGCCUGAGUGACAGGUGUGAGAGGAGGACCAGUCUUCACUGGGAGGAUCGGAUUGGGGGAGACACCGGUACAGAAGGCUGAGUGGAAGAGGGGAGAGCACUAAGACCCAGGAGUAGUGGAGGAUUGCAGCAACGAGCUGGAGGAAAAGUAGGCAGUGGAGGCAGGGGGAGGGUGCGAGACAUUUGGUACUUUGGUAGCAUUUGAAACAGCAUCGGCCAUAACGACAGAAAUGGCCAGUCAGUCCCAGGGUAUCCAGCAGCUUCUGCAAGCUGAGAAGCGGGCGGCUGAGAAGGUGGCAGAUGCCAGGAAGAGGAAGGCCCGGCGACUGAAGCAGGCAAAGGAGGAGGCACAGAUGGAGGUAGAGCAAUACCGCAGAGAGCGAGAGCAGGAAUUCCAGAGCAAGCAGCAGGCGGCCAUGGGCUCCCAGGGGAACCUGUCGGCUGAGGUGGAGCAGGCUACGAGGCGCCAGGUGCAGGGCAUGCAGAGCUCCCAGCAGAGAAACCGAGAGCAUGUCCUGGCCCAGCUUCUUGGCAUGGUCUGCGACGUCAGGCCCCAGGUCCACCCCAACUACCGGAUUGCUGCCUAGGACCCACCACAGGGCCUAACUCCUUCUGCCAGUUCCCUCCCUCAAAGAAACCCCCUAAUCAAAAUCACCUUCCACCAUAGUUUUCUCCUUUCCAUUCCCUGGAAAUCCUAGGAGGCAGGAUCCAAUAAUUCUUCUGUGAAUGUCCUGUCUCCUUAUAAAUGUCCUGCUAAAACCUGAAUCUCCUUGUUCUUUAACCCUCACCUCCACUUGUAAACUCCCAAGUCGUUCUCAUGCAACCCAUCUGUGCAAAUUGUAUUACUGGAAGUAGUGAUGUGGAAAACACCCUGACUUCAGAGCCUGGCAGACUGUGUCCCUCUGCUGACCUGACUUGCCUCAAUGUCCUCUUCUAUGAAACUGGGAUAAUAAUGCCAGCAUUUCUGCAAAGAUUAGGAGUCAUUACGUAGAGAGCCUGGCGUGGUUCCUGGCAUGCAGUAGCUAUGAUUCAAUAAAGGGCAACCGUGUGAUAUUAUUACCACCCCCAUUCACCAGCCAAAACCUAUACAACUGUUUCCUCAAUUUCAUCAAUGGCUCUCUAAUUCCACUCAUUCAUUCUGUGACCCUAGUAAUUCUCUGAAGAAUUGGUUCUUCCCUCAUCUCUUUUCCCAGACAUCUUAUAAUCUCCAAAAAGAUGAAAUCAUCACUUCACUUAGCCCUCUAUUAUGGUUCCAGGUAAAUACUGCAUCUUGUGGCCUUUUUGUUUCUCUUAUGCUAGUCUUGCUCUUUGUUGGAUUUCCCCCUCUCCUAUUUCCCCAAAGACCCAUCAGAUGCUCACUGCUUCCUAAGAUCUAAGGUGAUGCUGUGUCCCCUCAUAUGCACGACCUUCCCUUGUACAUCCUUGACACCUUACUUUUGCUUUGUAACAAUAAAAAAGUAUCAAUAAAAUAAUUAUGAGCAAAUUGGUGGGUUGAAA